AUGUCCCGUUUUUCUGCAGUUUGCUUUGCUUUGCCCAAAGAGGUGAUUUGGCGUGCUAUGAGUGGCUCCUACGUUUUAAUUUAUGUGUUUAAGAAAAGCAAGGGCUUAAGAAGCAUACGGUAUUUGUUAAGAAUUUAA